AUGUACGCUCCGACGUCGACGCAGCAGCCGGCAGCAAUUUGCGCGCUCAAGUCGCCUGCUGAUGCGAUUCACGUGCUGGAAGCGGUCCGGGUUGGCCUUGUGCCUCGGGUGACUAGGCGGUUGACGGGGCAUGAGCGGUCUCAGAUCAGACCGGGGACAGUUUGGGUAUGGGAAGAGGAGGAGACAAACAUGCGGAGAUGGACAGACGGGCGGAAAUGGGGAGCAUCUAGGGUUGGCGGUGGAGGAUUUUUGGUAUAUACCGAAAUAAACGAACAUCACUCUCCACCGGUCAACCAGCCUGACGCGGCCUACCCCUACCCCAGCUUCUACCCCAACCCUCCUCGCGAAGCACUGGUCAAGCAGACCUACUCGACCAGUAUGACUCACCCAGUCAGCGGCAAAGUGAAGAAAUUUCACGUCGUUGGCUAUUCGUCGAGGUCGAAUCCUCAGGGCGACGCGCACAGCCCACUACCCCUCCCCCACGAGCUUCCACUCCUCUCGACGCUUCAAGUCGUUCCGGGAAUAUGGCCAGAGUGGGAGCGGCGGCGCGAAGGGACGGGUCAGAGGGAAGGGACGGCCGGAACAGCGGCGCCUGAGAGCAGGGCAAACAGUGGAGAAGCAUCUUCAGCACGAAGGCCUUCAGCCAAGUCUGAGCUACCCUCUCCUCCCCAGUCCGCGUUGCCUUCGCCGCAGGUCAGCAUGCCUGGCCUAGCGACCGCAACUCAGACCCAGCCCGCGCGAGGAAACGGCUACGCCGACCAGUCACAUCCAUCGGAUUCUCGAGAUGGCCUGUCAGGCGCGUAUAACUCCCCCUUUUAUUAUGCUCCAGCAAACAAUGGUCGCUCGGCACCAUCCUACCCCGUCAACGUGCCCGCUCAGCACAACGGGUACGACCGGUACCACCCGUACCGAGACCGACCUGGCCAACAUAACUCGGGCUUCUCAUCUCCUGGCCUCCCCACUCCCUCCUCUUCUACCGAACAAAGCCAAGGAGACGAACGGCGAGCAUCAGGAUCAGCACCGCAAUCGUUAGCUCCACAGCAGGGCCAAGGCCAGGGACAGUACGCCUACCCAUUGCCCUCCAUGGGUUCCCACGCCCCAUAUGGCGGUGCGUAUCGGGAACAACAGCCCAUGAGGUCACCAUACACCUCACAAUUGAUGCCCCCCGUCCACAAUGCCCCCUCCCCAUACAUCGACACCAUCAACCCCUACCAAAACCCCUACCACCAGCAACAAUCCCAGCACCAUCAGCAAUCUCAUCAGCCUCCGCCCGAGCAGCCUCGGCAGCAACCCGCUCGGAGCCUGUCACACUCGCCUACCGUCCAGACACAGACGGUACCGGGGCAAACGGAUCGGUCUCCCAAAAUCAGCAUCUCCUCUGCCUUGGCGAGCGAGAAUGCCAAUUCGGGCGGGUUCACCCUUCCCCCUCUCCGGGUGGCUAUUGAUGGUCAGAAUACCCGGAUCAGUCCGUCGGGACAGAGCCAGCGGAGCAGUCCGGGCAAGUCGCCAGUGCAGGACAGGCGGGAGCUGGGGGACUCGGGGAAGAAGGUGCCACUUUGA